AGAAAAGAGAACACACAGAGAGAGAGAGAGAGAGAGAGAGAGAGAAGAGGACAGACACACCUGUUCAGGUGGACCUACUACAAUACAAGAAAGAGGAAACACACCAUCGUUCUAGAGAGCAGCUACUUUCAAAAGGAACUGGUUUUAUGUGUAACGCGAGACCCUUCAAUUGAUUAUUUAUUAAUUUCGAUAUUGUUUUGAAAUCAAAGGGAAAGGGGGCCUUGAAUGGCAGAUUUCCCCUCCAAGGUGAACACUCAGACCUCGGCCGCCUCACCGCAGGGAAACGCAGGCACAAUGCAGUUCGACGUGACGUUCGUCAAGACCAUACCAGCCAUUCUCAUGAUAGUGGAGAUGGUUCUUGGUCUGUUGGUCUUCCCGUUAGUGUCCAGUAUCUACUGGGUUCCUCCUGCCAUUGGCUGGAUUCUGUUUGUGUCCGUGACGUCAUGGCUGCUGACCACAAUCUUGUUCUUCAUGCUGCUGUUUGGAGUCCAUAAGAUGGUGCCCCUCCCCUGGCCUCUCGCACUGAUGAUCUACCAUGUUGUGGUGACGGUGUUGUACUUUACUGCGUUCAUCACUCUGGCAGUGUGUGCCGGCAGCAAUUGGUACAUCUUCAAUAACCUGGCGGCAGCCUCGUUCUUUGCCUGUGCAGACACUGUGGCGUAUGGAGCCAGCACCUUCUUCUCCUACCUCACCUGGAAAGGAGAAGGGGACAACGCAGCAGGAGCUACUGUACCAACCUAAAAGGAACACUCCCAAACCAACACACACACACGCACUCACACACACACACAUCAGGGCUUGGCGUUAACUUUUUUGCUCACUGGCCACUGUGGCUAGUUGCUUUCCUGAGUCACUAGCCAUUUAGCCAUUCUGCUAUCCAGAACGUUGUUGUAUUUUUUUUUCUUUAGAAUAUUCUUGCAUUUAAAUAAAAACAAUUGAUGCAACCACUGUGAUUUGUCACACCAAAUAAUACGUUAACUGUCAAAGUCGCUAGUGAGAGUGAAAUUGUUACUAGCAACAGCAAAGUUUUACCAGCAUUUGGCCAUUUGGCAGGUGCCGUUGUCAAGCCCUGACAUACACGUACACACACACACACACUGUCAAAACAUUGGGGCCAUGGAUGAGAUGUAGUAUGUUGGAUAACAGUUUACAAAUGCCAGUGUUUUUUUGUUUUCGUCUGUAAGAACAUGUGUUUUAAAUAAUUAUUUUACCCUGCAAGAACUCAUUUGAGAGGCGGUUGCCAGGCAACUGAUAGAAGCAAAGUGGCACUUCUGUCUAGCAUCUCAUACACAUACAGUAAUUGUUGCCAUGGCUGCGAUGCCAACAUUGUUUAUAAUAUCUGGAAUGACAAGAUCAUGUAGUAGGACAAAGACCACUCCACCCUCUAUUGCUUUUUAACUUGAACAUUGCCUGCAAUGUGCAGACUGUUAUUUGUGCAGACUAUUACGUUUAUUUUUCUUUUCAAUGUGUUAUGUGUAAGAAAUGAAGAUUCAUUUUGAUAAAGUACAAGCUUUUACACAAUUUUCUGUUUAUUUCUGCAACUCUUGUCCAAGUAUUUACAAGUCUGAUCAUCAUACAGCAGUACAGCCAUUUAUAGAAACUAUACACCUGACAUUGGCGCAUGCAUGGUGAGCAAACAGUGUAAGAUGUUUACAGUAAAUGUAGCUUAUUUGAUUGACGCACAUUACUGUGAGUAAAAUUGCUUUGACAAGCUAACCGCUUGCAGAAACAUGGGACCACUGUAGACAAUAAUGCAAAUACUUAGGCCUUGAAAGGUCCCUGAACAUCAAUCUGAAGCAGCCUAUACAAAUAGCUUAAAUGCAACAGUAUUAAACUUCAAUGUUAAAAAAGUUUUUACAGACCAUGAAGGGAAAAAAAGUAAAUGCACAGAUGAAUUGUUUUAUGCUUGUUUAUGGAUGGUGUUGAUGCGAUGUUAAUAAGUAUGCAAAAAUCAACACAGGACAGGACAUAUGGUGAGGAAUGAUGAAGGCAGACAUACAUGGUAAUAUAUAUAUACACUGUAUAUGUAUAUAUAUAUACAGUGGUGCUCAUAUGUUUACAUACCCCAGCAGAAUAAACGCUUUCUCUGCGAUUUCUCA